CGUCUCUCGAGCGGAUUCACUUCGUGACAGCAAGUUUACAACAUGAACCUACCAUUACCUGUGCCGGACGCAGGCGGUCCGCAACCUCUGCCGUCUCUGCCGCCUUCGCCUACGACCGAGGUUGAUCUCACCAAACCCGAUGCUUGGGCGGAACACGAUUCGAGCUUGAGGGUCCCAGACAGGAAGGGGAAAGCAAGGGCGAGGGACUCAUCGCAUGACAGUUCCAUGGAAGGCGGUAGCGAAGACGGGUUGAGUCCUGGUGUGGAACACUACCCUCCAAUGACAGAUGAGGAGGCGGAAACACGACGGGUCGAAGAGACGUUGCGUCGCUGGGAGGAAGCGGAACGUCAGCGACGACGGAGCGCUCGCGAAGGGUCCGUAGCGGUUGCGCAAACGUCCAUCGUCGGCGACGUCGCCCGGAGAGCGAGCCUGCUCUGGAGCAAUAGCCGGAAGAACAGACCGCCAAGCACAGGUGUGGGCGCGCAUGCCGCCCUUCCGCGCUCCUCCCAGGAUUCAUUGCCCAUGACCGACUUGGACGUCGGCUUGCCCACUCCGCAGGUGCAUUCACCCGGAGUGUCGCCGCGUCCAUCAACGUCUUCCAGUCGUCCUAAGAAUCCAUUCGUGGACAAUGUCACCACAGCUUCCCCCUUCGACGACCCUCCAACUCAGCAGAGUAGUGCAAUCCUUGAACCCUCUCCGGACCCGGAUGUUGUAACCGACCUUGAGCGCACGCCCAAGAGUCGCUCAUCGACUAUGCCACCUCCAGAGCGCCCUGUGCUUCAGGCUACAGCAUCAUACAUGGACGAACCCGCGACCGCCAAGCCUCGUCCACCACCGCCCCAGCCAUUCGACAUACCACCACCGAGAACGCCGCCUCCAAGAGUGGGGACCCCACAUGCGAACCGACCUCCCGAACCCGUCUCCCGCCCUACCGUUGACGCGCCGCCUCCGGAACAACCCAACGAUGCGGAGAAAACCAGAUGGUGGACCGACUGGCUCUGUGGAUGUGGACCAACCCACGACACUGAUGACCAGGCUGGUCGGACGAAUCCGUUCGAGUAGUCCCUUCACCCUUCAUAUUGCUUCCUCUCGUUACGACACAGACAUGCCAUCAUAUUGUAAUAGUAAAUGGCUUGCUCAUGUAUUAUGUUGUCCGGCCACUUCGUGCGCACGAAGGACAUUUGCUAUACUUGUCGACAUUGGACUUGUGUUCUUGGAAUCAUUCUUAGCGUACCCUCAUUCUAGCCCUCGAUGUAUCCCGUCUGUCAGUGAAGCAUUCU